AUGGUGUUUGAGUUGUCCAAAGAUAGUAACUAUGCUUCAGAUGACUUGGUUCGACUCUCUAACUGCGCUUUGUCCUUAAUAAACGUUGAACCUUACAUUCAGAGUAUUCAUGAUAUCACUCCUGCCUUCGUUUACGACUUAGCAGUUGUCUUGUUUGGCAAUGAUAUUCUGCCUUGUUGUGAUUGCAUUGAGACUGGUUGUGUAGAAAACUUCAAAGCUAUUGUGUGUAAACUAUCUGAGGAAAUCGGAGAGGACUUGGACCAUAUUGGACCAGAGGAUCUUAUGAGUGGCGAGCCUAGAGCAUUAUCCGACUUUCUUGUUCUACUAGCCGCAUUUAUUGCCUACUGUUAUGAAUCGGAACUUCUGAAUCUCCGAAAUUCAACAAUUGAAUCGUCACUUGAGUGUUGUGACCAUUUGACUGCAGACUCAAAACUAACUCCGAAGACCAAAGGAUUUUCCGACUUCCAGUUGUCUACUUCUCCUGAAUUACCACGUCACAGUGUAACUUGUGCACCCGUGUUUUCGACAUCUUUUCACCAACCUGAUCGAUCUAUGGAACAAAGUACACCGGUGAAGCGAACUCCAGCAUCUUUUCUAACUAGGAACCCUUAUCCACCCAUUGAUCAUGUCAGUUCAUUACCACAAAAGUCAAAUUUAUUUACUUUCCAACCUGAUAAUGUGAAAGCGAGCUAUCCAGUUGCUUCGUGUCUUCCUAAUUUCUUAGAUGUACAUACAGACGCUUCACCUCCAGCAACACCAAAUGCCAUGAAUGGAUAUCUAGAAAUUAUCCAUUCAAAUUUAUCCGAUGCGGAUGUUGUACCCAGUUUACAGAAUUCUCUAAAUAUGCAACAAUUUGUGCCUAGUUCUCCAGUUGGUGAAGAAUUCAAGAAAUUAGAAAAUUCUGACUCUCCUAUAAAACGUUUAUCUAAUAAGGAAUUUUCCGGAAGUAGAAAUUCUGUUAUUUCUGUUGAAUCUAUUGCGUUGAAUGAUCAUCAAUUGUCAAUCUCUUCACAUGAAGAUAAAGUCCAUUCGAACAAUAUCAAUGACAGAAGUUUCUCCUCUUCUGUUGAAUUAAUUCAUAAGUCAAUAAGUGAUAGACAUGAGAGUUCAAGUAGUGGACGUGGUCAUAGUUUAACAGUUACACAAACAGCUCCUUUUCAAUCUAACACUUCAGCUCAUUCAAGUCUUCUUGAACUACACACUUUUCCAGAUUCACCUAAAACAACACAGCAUAAUCAUCAUUCUAAUGUUUCUCAAAAGUCUUUAAAUAAUAAUAAAUUGACAUACAAUGAAAGCAUCAAUGAUAGUUAUGACUCGAUCGGUACAAAUAGUAUACUGGCUUGGAAUGCAGACAAUAAUAUUACAGUUAACAAGAGAAUGAAUAAAACUGAUCAGUCACAUGAUCGUUUAUUGGAUGAUGAUUCAACUUCACUUCUGGCGUCCAGUUUAUCAUCCGACACUGAUCAAGUUUCAAAUAGAAUAGUAGUAGUAUCUAAUCAUUGUCCAAUUACAUCGAAUGAUAUUUUUACUGAAAUGAAUGAUUUUGCUGAUAUGCUUGAGAAACGAUUAAAUUAUUUGAAAUCUGUUUAUGUUCGUGCCCAUUCAGAAGCUGAAGCAUUGACUGAUCUAGUUCAAUUGAUCACAUCAAAAAGUCUGCAUAUCAUUAAACCUCUUAUUAAUAAUAACAGUCAAUUAAAUGACAACAACAACAACAAGAAUAACACUCAUACACUGAACAAUAAUAAUUCAUUCAACAAUAGACCAGAGAAUCAUUUACAUUUGGAAUCGUUGAUCAUCAAAGCAAUUGAUCGUAUUGAUCAACUAUUGGAAAAAUACACAACUCCUUGUCCACAAAUAAUAAUUCCGAAUGUUCCCAACAGUGGUAUGUUGAAUUCUCCAAUCAGUGUUCAUCCUAAAUCAAAAACAGUCAACCACAAAUUGACGAAGAAAGCCAAUUUUCAUCCAAAAACUGAUUAUCAUUCAUCAAAAUUCAAUUCUUUGCAUGAUGAUCACUUUUCCAAUGUAGAAUUGAAGAAGUUAUUGAAUCUGAAACAUGAGUGUACUGGUGCUCCAAUCGCUCAUGUCGAACUACCGAUUGCUCAAACGUUUGGUCCACGUCGGGAGGGGGAAGCUUAA